GCUCGUGACGCGGGGGCUGGGACGGGGCUUCGGGGACGGAGCGGGCGCUGCUGCGGUGUGAGCGUCUUCUGCGUCUUCGGUUUAAUUUAUUUUUGGAAAUCAAGUUCAAUAUUAAAAAGAAAAAGCACACAUUAUUGGAAGCCAUUUCUACUAAUUCAUUACAUUUUAACUUAUGAUUUGAUUUGAAUACUGUCAUGGGAGGAGCUGUGAGUGCUGGGGAAGAUAAUGAUGACUUAAUUGAUAACCUUAAAGAAGCUCAGUACAUCCGAACUGAAAGCGUAGAGCAAGCCUUCAGAGCCAUUGACCGCGGAGAUUACUAUCUGGAAGGCUACAGAGACAAUGCGUACAAAGACUUAGCCUGGAAGCACGGGAACAUACACUUGUCAGCACCUUGCAUUUAUUCUGAAGUUAUGGAAGCUUUGAAACUUCAACCAGGAUUAUCUUUUCUUAACCUGGGAAGUGGAACCGGAUAUUUAAGUACAAUGGUGGGCUUAAUUUUAGGUCCCUUUGGAAUAAAUCAUGGGAUUGAACUUCAUUCAGAUGUGGUGGAGUAUGCCAAGGAAAAACUGGAGAGCUUCAUCAAAAACAGUGAUAGCUUUGAUAAAUUUGAAUUCUGUGAACCCGCAUUUGUGGUGGGUAAUUGCCUUCAGAUAGCAUCUGACAGUCAUCAGUAUGAUCGAAUUUACUGUGGAGCUGGAGUCCAGAAAGACCACGAAAACUACAUGAAGAUCUUACUCAAAGUUGGGGGCAUAUUGGUCAUGCCUAUAGAGGAUCAGUUGACACAGAUUAUGCGGACUGGACAAAAUACUUGGGAAAGUAAAAAUAUCCUUGCGGUUUCCUUUGCACCACUAGUACAACCUAGUAAGAAUGAUAAUGGCACACCAGACUCUGUGGGGCUCCCCCCAUGUGCUGUCAGGAAUCUCCAAGACUUGGCUCGUAUUUACAUUCGACGUACACUUAGAAACUUCAUAAAUGAUGAAAUGCAGGCCAAGGGGAUUCCACAAAGAGCUCCACCCAAGAGGAAAAGAAAGAGAGUUAAACAGAGAAUUAAUACUUACGUAUUUGUGGGUAAUCAGCUUAUCCCUCAGCCUCUUGACAGUGAAGAGGAUGAAAAAAUGGAAGAAGACAGCAAAGAAGAAGAGGAGAAAGAUCACAGCGAAGCCAUGAAGCGUGAGGAGCCACCUCAGAACCUACUGAGGGAAAAGAUAAUGAAGCUGCCACUCCCGGAGUCUUUAAAGGCUUACUUGACAUAUUUUCGAGACAAAUAACUUAAAUAAGGAAGAAUGCCUACUGAUAAACUCCCUCACUCUUGUAAAUGUAGUAUUAAUUAGAAGUUAGGGCAUUACUUCAUUAGAAUGAAUUAUUGCAGAAAAAAGCAUAAAUUAUUUCUCUUAAUGACAGAAAUGAUGUAUUCAGUGAUUUAAAAGAGUCUCUUUCCUAAAAUCUAUUUUUCUUAAAUCUUGAAGAAUUACUGUUUUGAUCUCAAAGUAGAAUGGAUCAAUAAGAACUUUGUAUACAGUACUCUUUCUGGUUCUUCAUGGAUUUGUAGUAUUGGAGAUUGAAUUUCAUUCUGUAAGAGGUUGAUACAUUGUCAUACACAUAGGCUUUUUUAAAUUGCGGUUUUUCCGUUAUUUGAGCUUGCUUAUCUAAUAAGGAAAGCAAAUGCCUGUAGACUUAUUUACCUUACUUUUGUUCUAGACAUAUACCGGCAACAUAUGGGUGCAAUACUAAUUCAAGAUACUGAAUAAUUUAGCUUUAAAAACCACAGACUUCAUGAAAUUUUACAGACCUGAAACUUAAGCUUUUGAAUCUAUUGCCAAAAGGCAUGGGGAAAAUUUCUGCUUCUCUCAUAGAGAUUUUAAGAGCACAGCUAGUGAAUGUUAAAGUAGGAAGUGGCUACUUGACACAACUAGUUUGUAUGGGCCCUUUGUGUUCUCAGUAUUCAAAGAUAAUGAGGUUAUCUUAACUGUAGAAUUUUAAGCGGUAGUAUAUUUAGGAUUGCUUUUCUAUAAAUAACUAUAAAGUAUUAGGUUUGAAAAGGCAUUCAUUGUCUCAUUUGCCUCUAGAUGCAGACAGUGAGUAAGCCAUGUUAAGUGACCACCACUUCUUAGGGACCUCCAGCAGCAGGGGAAUGAUAUGGUCAGUUGAGGCAUUUUAGCAGUGGAACUUUUCAUUAAGCAGAUAUUUAUCUUUGACAAGGUAGGCCACACUGGCCUCAUCUGCUCUGAAUCUUUCUAAUAUAAAAAGCAAUGGAAGUUGUAUGCAGAGGCCUUUGUGUUAAAGUUUGCUUCAGAAUCAGACUGGGAUCUCUGGACCCAUACCAAGCUCAUUUGCCUUCAUUCUGUAUUUUGUUUCUUUGGUAAAAUGAUAAUGAUUUUCACUUUUUGCUUAAUACUACAUUCUUAAGCUACAUAGGGUAUCAGUGACAUAACAAGCAGUGCAUGCUGUUACUAGAUCUUUCCUCCUAGUAGGGCCUGUGGUUAUUUCUUGUUAAGAAGCUGUGAGAUGUGACCUACUUAGUACUUAGCAUCACGCGGAAGGGAAGAUCUCAAGCGUCUCACUUAUUCUCACCACAUGCCUGUCAGAGCAGCCACUCAGAUUCGCAUAAGAAAAUACAAUCAUGAUGAUUCAAAUAGUUUACAACUCAGGUCCAAUAAUUCUGUAUAGGUGAUCAGUUAAAACAGUUUAAACAUGAAAUUGAUCCAAAUAAUAAUCUUUUAAUAAUUUGAGUGUCAGUAUUAUGGAAAAAAUUCGUUUGACUCUUGUAGAAUGGGCCAAGAAAGGAAAAAGAUUCCUUUUGCUCCAUGAGGUGGUACUGGGGAUUAAACUAGGACCAGGACGUCAUGCAUGCUAGGCAAGUACUCUACAAAUGAGAUAUAUCCCUAGACCAACAUACUCUAUUGUUCUGUUUAAAAAUUUGUUUAAGAAUUUUACUCUUGAAUUCCUGAUACCCACAUAGUCUUAUCUGGGAAGACUUUUCAUUUAUUUUCUGUUCUGUCACCCACAUCUCUUUAUUUUUUUCUUAAGAGCUUGAUGUACAGAUAUCUGAAAAUAUGUAAUGCUCAGUGAUCUUAUUAUUUAGGAGUGUUUUGCUGGUAUAUUUAAAGAUAGAUUAUUUUAUGCUGUCUUCUGUUUAUUUUGACAAAUUGUACAGUAGAUUGUAUUGAUCAUUGCAUUUGUUGUCUUUGAAAUGUAUAUUUUGUCUUUUUAAAUUCAUUUAUUUUUCAGGUAUGGCUUUAUGGUUGACUUUUAAAGGUAGGGAUAGAUGAAAAUUUAAGGAAAGCCAUCUAUUAACUCAGAUGCAUUAGAUUAAGAAUAUUUGGGUUUGGGCUUGUUUUUGAGUGUGGAAAGUUAUGCUUUAUAAGUAAACAAAUAGCAAAUACAGAUGAAAUAAAAAUAAAUGAAAGAAAAUAAAGAAGAAAAAAACUAGGAAAAUGAAACAAUAAACAAAAAUGUAAGUGAAAGUAAGCCAUAUGUGAUGGCUACCGCCUGUGAUCAGCGCUCAAGAGGCUGAGGCAGGAGGUGUACUACAAACUUGAGGCAUCUGUGGUUUCAGAGUGACUUUGAAGCCCAUUUGGGCCACGGAGUAAGACCAAGUUUUGUUCUUCAGAGAACAUAAACAAAAGAAAGUAUAUGAUAAUUAUAGGGAAUAGUCUCAUGGACUUACAUAUAGGCAAAAAUACAUUUAAGUUUAUAUUUUGAAGACAACAAAGAGUGCUUGAGUGGAGGUGUGUGGUGCUUAAGUCGUGCAGAAGAUUGGAGAUAAGGCCUGAAGGAACAUCCACCAUCCCUGAAAUCCCUAGGAUCUGGGAGUGACACCAUAGCUGCUAAGGGUCUAAUUUAAAUCUGUCCUAUUCACUGGUCAACAUAUUGGACUCUGGUGUUAAUAUAAUUUUAAAAUAGCAUACAUGGUUAAAAUAAAAUACAGAAAAUGUAUUGAUUAUUUGAGAUGAAAGUAAAAGAAGACCUGCUAAAUCAUUGGGCAACUUGGGAAGAAAAUCAUUUUAAAUAAACAGAUCACAUCAUUACACAGCA